AAGACGUCAAUGGCACGAUUUUAGUGGAAAAAAUUGCAUUUGUGUUCGAGAUUUUGGGGUGAAAAAUCAGUGCAAAAUUCUUGUUUUCACCCACAAAUCGCACAAAACCCUCGAAAACACGCCCAACGACCAAAAAACGUGCUAAAUCACCGGCAACAAUCGUUUACUUUUAGUGAUUUUAGCUGUUAAAAUAUCAAGUCUCUAAUCGAAUAAUUAAUUAUCUUUUUACAACUCUUAUUAACGUGAAAAACGUGUUUCUGCGAAACUUUUGGUGCUCUUUUGCAUGAUUGCCCGCAGUUGAGAUGAGUGAUAAGAAGAAACAGCCUGGAUAUAUCAAGUACCUCUUCGGAGGUCUCGCUGGCAUGGGCGCCACUUGCGUGGUGCAGCCGCUGGACCUCGUGAAGACGCGGAUGCAGAUCCAGGGCGAGGGUGGCGCCGCGCGCGAGUACAAGAACACCUUCGACGCCUUCACGGGCAUCCUGAAGAAGGAGGGCGUGAGCGGAAUCUACCGUGGCAUCGGCGCCGGGCUGCUGCGCCAGGCGACGUACACCACGACGCGCCUCGGCGUCUUCACGGCGCUUAGCGAGACGUACCGGCAGCACCAGAACAAGGCGCCGGGACUGCUGGAGCGCAUGGGCAUGGGCAUGAUCGCCGGCGCCACGGGCGCCUUCGUGGGCACGCCGGCCGAGGUGUCGCUGAUUCGCAUGACGGCCGAUGGGCGGCUGCCGCUGGCCGAGCGGCGCAACUACACGAGCGUGGUGAAUGCGCUGUCCAGGAUCGCGAAGGAGGAGGGCGUGCUGAUGCUGUGGCGCGGCUGCAUCCCGACCAUGGGCAGAGCCAUGGUGGUGAACAUGGCACAGCUGGCGUCCUACUCGCAGGCCAAGGAGUACCUGCUGAGCACUGGCAAGUUCGCCGACGGCAUCCAGACGCACUUCGUGGCCAGCAUGAUUUCUGGCUUCAUCACCACUGCCGCCUCGAUGCCGGUGGACAUCGCUAAGACGCGCAUCCAGAACAUGAAGGUCGUCGACGGGAAGCCCGAGUAUCGCGGCGCCGUCGAUGUGAUCCUCAAGGUGGUUCGCAACGAGGGCAUCUUCGCGCUGUGGAAGGGCUUCACGCCGUACUUCGCCCGUCUCGGGCCGCACACAGUGCUCACGUUCAUCCUGCUGGAGCAGAUGAACGCGGCCUACAACAGCCGCGUGCUGGGCCAAAGCGGAGGCUCGUCAGGCCUAUAAACUGCGCUGCAUUUCUCAGCAAAAGCAUCAAUUUCUCUGUGCAACAAACCGAAAACAUUCGCGCCACAAUUCCUUGCAGACAAUAGCAGAAAUUUUGUAUAAAUUGUACACACCGAGUUUUGUAAAUGAGCAAGAAGUCGUGAAAUUUGUAAGACAUAA